AUGGCAACGACAUCUCCUCGCAAGCAAAAACAGCUCGGUCGCGAGGUUGAGGGUUUUGAUGUCGAGGCUUGGGACAAGAUCAGGUUGGAUGUUGUUGAGCAAGGCAACUAUCUCAAGUUCACACAAGCGACUAAUGUUGCCUCGAUGAAGAUGGGGGAUGUUGGUGAGCCUGUGCCCCUCAAAGAUUUAUUGCUGGCUACAUGCGAGCGAGAGCUGGCAGAGGCUUCAAGAUUCGAUCGUGUCUGGGGCAUUGGCUUCGAUGCGCAACAAGCGUCGACCACACCUUACGAGAAGUGGGGCGAGAAUCUUCUCGGAGUGGCUCUCAUGAAUGUUCGGGAGAGGAUCAGAGAUGAGACAGAUCGACAGACCGCCGAGGAGGCAUAG